ACCAUUUCUUCAACUGCAGAAAAAGCUGUCUACCUUGUGGUUUUUCAUCUGUCAUUUUUCAUGUUUGUAUGGUCCUACUGGAAGACAAUUUUCACAUCUCCUGCAUCCCCCACCAAGGAGUUUUGCUUGUCAAAAGCUGAUAAAGAACAAUAUGAAAAAGAAGAGAGACCAGAAUCCCAGCAGGAAAUUCUGAGAAGAGCUGCUAAAGACUUGCCUAUCUAUACAACAACGGCAUCAAGAGCCAUCAGAUACUGUGAUCGGUGCCAGCUAAUCAAACCUGACCGCUGCCACCACUGCUCUGCAUGUGACAUAUGUGUGCUAAAAAUGGACCAUCACUGUCCAUGGGUGAAUAAUUGUGUGGGAUUUUCUAACUACAAAUUCUUUCUGCUGUUUUUAAUGUAUUCCUUACUGUACUGUUUGUUUGUUGCUGCUACCGUCUUGCAGUACUUCAUAAAGUUCUGGACAAAUGAAUUGCCAGAUACCCAUGCAAAGUUCCAUGUCCUUUUCCUUUUCUUUGUGGCAGCCAUGUUCUUCAUCAGCAUUUUGUCACUCUUCAGCUACCACUGCUGGCUAGUUGGCAAAAACAGAUCGACCAUAGAGACAUUCCGUGCACCCACGUUUCGCAAUGGCCCAGAUAAAAACGGCUUUUCUCUCGGAUGCAGCAAAAAUCUGAGGGAGGUUUUUGGAGAUGAGAAGAAGUAUUGGCUCAUCCCUAUUUUUACCAGUUUGGGCGAUGGGUGUAACUUUCCCACUCGUUUGGUGAUUAUGGAUCCAGAGCAACUUACUGUCUCGAGCCAAAAUGAACCUGCCAAAAGCUCUGGAGCCAGCCAGCCCUUCCCUGCUCGACCGCUCAGCGAGUCACAGAAUCGAUUGCUGACCACUGACUGCCAGUGGGUAGAAAGCGGCCCCGAAGAGGAAAAUGUUAAAUCAGGUACAAAAAAGCAUAUUAUAGUUUCAUUGGAAAGCUGAUCUCAGUUUAUUACUAACCAACCAUCUCAGUGAGAAACAGGCUUGUGCAACACAUUUUGAGCUUGAAUAUUACUUAAUUUUGUUUGGAAGAAGUUGAUCAGUUAAAAAAUAGGAACAUGAACAUCUUGGGAAGACACAAGAAACUCAAGUUUCUGCACAGUGUAAUGGAUUCUUGUCAGCACUACUGCAGAGCAGGGAAGUAAGACAGAUGCCUUAAGAUUCUUUAUGUGCAUUUGAUGCACACUGAGCUACAUACUGCUACCAAAGGGCCARAUCCUGAAGUGCCCUGCUUGGAUGCACAAGGUCCAGAGUGGGAACUAUGCAUUUCUGUCGCGCUGCGGUGGUUGGGGUAGGCAGAUCUGCGAGAGCCCCGUCCCCACGGGCAAACCUCCCACCUUGCACGCUGCAGAAGUCACUUCCAUAGCACAUCUCCUACAGAAGGAAACAGAACGGGCACAGAAAGGGGGGGAAAAAAGGGAAAAAGGAAAACACAACAUGAAGCAGGGCUGCGGAGCCUGGAGUGCAACUCUGCAUAGCUGCAACAGCAGGUGAGGAGUAAAGGGCUGGAUGAUGUGGUCUCUCCUCUUCCUCUUCACCAGCCGACCCCAUGAUCCAGGUGUUUUGAGGACUGAGGGCUGCUUGAACCAGCCGUGCUCCGGAGCAGUGCAAUGUCAGCCAGGUAAAAGCUGCUUUACUUGAGUGUUGCUUUUUUUUUUUUUUUUUUUUUUUUUUGCUUCAGAAUUGAGCACCCUCGUCAUCUUAACUUGAUUUAUUUAACCAUAUCAAGAAUAUAACUCAAAAAAGGUGAACUUUCUUUUACUUGAAAAAGCAUGGAUUGUUACUUUCCAGCAAUUGCCUAUCAGCAUACAAAAAAAUGCCAAUCCAAAAAGGAACUAACAAACUAUUUCAUUUUCUGUUAAUGUCUGUUGUAUUCUGUAUGGGGCAGUAAGAAAAGAGCAAAGUACCCCUGAGAAAAAUCUUAUUGCAGUUUUGUGUUGUUAGAAAAUGGAACUGGAAGAGUACUGCUUUUUAUAUGGGACUCUUGAUGGCUUAUAAAUACUGUUUUAUACUUUUGUUUUAUCUUUUUAAUAAAGGCACAAGUUUUUAAUGGUUCUAAAUUACCAUUUAAAUGUAUUUCAAGUACUUAUGAGAAAAACAGUGUUCAAUCCUACAUUUGUGUUAACACACUGAAACUUUGUAUGCUUUUGUCUGCCACUAUCCAAGGCUCAAUGACACGGACGGAAAUUGCUGAAGAUGAGUGCGUUGUGCAGUGAUGUACCCAGUUUGCAAAAGGCAAAAUGUGUGUUUCCUAUGCGAGGAAUAAAGUCUAUCCUAAGUUCAAAACCUCCAGCAAACAACAUUUUUCUUUCCUGCUCCUCUGGAGAGAAGCCUGCUAGUUCAUCUUGGGGUGGUAUUUUGUACCUAGCAGAAGUGAAAAAUACUGUAUUCCCACCCAAAGCUUGUCUGAAGUUUAGCAGGUCCCCGUCACAGCAUCAGGUCAUUUUGAUGCAGACUGAGGGUGGCCGCUGAGCUGGUGCUCAGCACAAAGAGAACCUCUCCGCUUUCUCUCCCAGACUGGCUGCUGCUUAAGUCCAGUGUGUUUAUGGUGGAGAUAUGAAGGUAACAAGUAAACUUUAAGGUAUGAAGCCAGUAUUUUGUCUGGGAUCUUCUUGAGAUGGUAUUGAUGGUUCAGACCUGCCUGUUCUAUAAUAGUUGCAAAAUGUCUCAUCAGACAUUGUACAAGAAAUAUUGUAUUUCCUAAUUUAUAAACUUACAAAAAUCAAUAGCUGCAGAGUAAUCUGAAAGUUUCAUUUUUUUCCCCUCAAAUGUCAGAUGAAUGUGCUUAUGUGAAAGCAAGCUGUGAGCAAUGCUGAUGUGUUGAGCUGGUAAGGAGAGAAUGGAUUAGCCAAAAAAAAACCCCAGACUGCCAUUUGAAGUGUCAAACACUGGCAGAAUUGCAAGGGAGGUGGGGAGGUCUGGACAUCAUCCGUGUUUUAUUUCAUUGCCUGGCAAACAAAUACGUGCAGUAUCGUUAUCUAGCAGAACUAGAAGUAGAAUCUGUUUCUCUAAAAUGGGAAAUCUCACUGAUUCAGCAGGACAGCCUCUGCUGACUUUGUUUUCUGACCUGAAAUGCUCAACAUGCUAAUGUGAAUACACAGCUACUGCAGGCGAGUGUCAGCGUGACGUUUGGUGUCUUGAGUACAAUGAAUCUGCAGGAAUUACUGCACAGAAAUGGCCUGGGCUGAAUCCCUGYGUUGCUCUCCAGCAGGCUGUGGGCUUCUGGAACCAGUUCUGGGGGAGUAUCUGAUGGCCAUUUGUGUGUGUGUGGCUUUUCUUCAAGAGCUGGUGUUUGUGACAUCUUUAUGUGGAUCACUAAUACUAUAUUUUAUCCCAGAUUUUUCUGUAGUGUCAGAUGAGAACAGCAGGAGAGCAGUGUGCCGGGCUGCUCUGGAGGCAGGAGCUGCUCUUGGUGUAAAAGCAGGUMUUGCUGAGAGGCCUCUUUGCCAAAAAGGAAGCACUGAAGUGAUUCAGAUGUGACCUUCCACCCUCAGCCCUUCUCCCCUUCAGGAGCCCUUUGGCUCAGGCCCGUGGGCGCCAAACUGCUCACACUUCCCAGUAGUGCAGUGAGAAGAGCAGUUCUGGCCAGGGAAAAAGAUCCCAAAAAGUGUGUGGUCGAGCAUAUGGGGUCGUGAACAGUUGGCUUUGGUGUUUGCCUGAACCUGUCUGCUGUCUGUCAGCAAGUCCUGAAAAUGAUGAGAUUGUCSCUAAGAAGUAACAGUUCUUACACAUUCAUCCCUCAAAAUAAUUACUCUUGCAAGACAGAAAUAGUUUUGCAGUUACUGUGGUUAUUUUGGGAUAGUUGUCAUUGGCCGCAAUCAGAAAUUGUGCUUCAGUUUUUCUUACUAAAAAUACUAUUCUUAAUAAAAUAGUCCCCAUGCCCGCAGCACAGCACCCUUCUCCCCUUAUUGACUAUAAGCUGCCAGUGUGAGGAGAGAAGCAUCACACAGCACAAGAUUCCAGUGUGAAAAUUGCUCUUCAAGAUUUAUGAAGUGUCUUAAGGGGAUGAGAUAGUCCUGCUGUGGAUGAGGCAAGGAGAUAGGUAAUUGGGAAAGAAUAAUUGAAACCAGAAGCCUCAGCUAAUGCUUCCUUUUCCUCUUAUUCAACAGAAUCCUUGGCAGACUCGAUGGCCAUGAUUGCUGCUCCUACCUAACCAUUAUAUUAUGGGAAAAGAUAUGUAGAAGUCUCAGCCAUAACUGACUUAGAAUCCUAAAUUUGUCAUCUCACAAGUUAGUUACACAGUAGGACUUUCCUGGAGAACUAAAUUUCCAGAGGGGGAUUCCAGAGGGAGUCCUGGCCUUAAUGAUGUGAAUAGAAAUUAAGGCAGUGCCCUUGUGAAACCUGCCCCUUUGCUGUGGCGUGCACAGGUACCAGGCUGCUUUGGGCACACAAGUUGUAGAAACGGGGCAUGUUUUCAGGAUGCUGCAGUUUUCCUAAACUUCUGAGUUUUUGCUUGUUUGUUUGUUCUCCUCCUUUGAUUGAUUCUCUGUGACUCUUCUUUAUUGUAAAUAACAUUUGGUUUUGAAAUUUUCAUUCAGUACUUUAUAAUAAAUCUUCACCUGUUCAGUAUGACAUGAAAUGUGGUCGCAUCGUAGCUCAGCAGAGCCCCAAGAGGAGAGCAAAAGCAGCGCUCGCAGUGGAAGAAGCAGCUUCUAUGGCAGACAAAGCGGACAUAGAUUAGCCAGAUCCGAGGCAUAUUAAAAAAAAUACUUACCAAAUUCACACUAURUGCGGACAUAGAUUUACCAGAUCURGAGUAUAUUUAUUAAAAAAAWACUUCUCAAAUUCACASUAUAUACUCAGAAGGCCCUGUCUAAAAUUAUACCUAAGUGAAGCAUUCAGGUACACAUUUUAAAGAGGCUCCAAAUAGCAGUUACUUUAGUUGAAAAUGCAGAUCAGCAAAAGAAUGUUUUGGGUUUAUUUUUUUCAUAAUGUCUAAAAUAUAGUUAGGUGUGCAAGUAAAGAGGAUCGUUAUCCCUAAACAGCACCAAAGACAGCAACUGCAUAUAGUUAUUUAUUAUAAUACUGAACACAUUUAUUACACUCAUUUCUGACAACUUACUUUGUAUAUAGAGACUUUUUGUAUGCUUUUUUCUUAAUCAUGAAACUUUCAUUAAAUGUACUGAAAAUGCAAAUGGCAGUUAAUUUUAAUGCUGAUUAAAACUGUGGUUUUCUGCAGCCCUUACUUGAAUCUAGUUUCCCUUAGGUAGUAAAGUGUGAUGUUUACGAGGUUGCAGCCAUUGAUUUUAGGGGUUUUGCCCUUGUCUUCCCCCUCCUCCUGCAACAAGGAGAGCACACGCUGAGCUGCCAAGCUGGGGAUGAAUUUUGGGAUCAUCUAUAAUGGGAACCGCAGCACCGAGGUGAAUGCAGGUUCCCUUGUUGACACUGUUUAACGUUCUUGCUUAGCGUGUUCCUCUCUAACCUCUCCUGCUGCAUCAGCUCGAGUAUUUUUAAGAAACUUUAAAUCCCUCUGGACUGCAAAUACUGAAAAACAUGAAAAUACCGCGGAAAUAGGCAAUGGUGCCACUGUUAAGUCCCCUUUUUAAAUCUACCAGAACUAAACGUACCUGGUUAUCGCUGCAGGCAUUUGCCAGCAGCAACCAUGGACCUUUGCAUUCAUUGCCAUAUCUCCACUGUUCUGCUUCCA